CGCGCCGCUUCCGGUCCCCAGCGCCGGAGCGAAUGACUUCCCCCUCCGUGGGGCCAGGGUUGCCCAGGAUUGCGGAUCGCGCGGGCAGGGUCGCCAGCACCUGCCUUCCACCGGCGCAAGGGACUAUGGCCACCGACUCAUGGGCCCUAGCGGUGGACCAGCAGGAAGCGGCGGCUGAGUCGUUGAGCAACUUGCAUCUUAAGGACGAGAAAGUCAAACCAGAUGCCAAUGGUGCUGUUGUCAAGACCAAUGCUAAUGCAGAGAAGACAGAUGAAGAAGAGAAAGAGGACAGAGCUGCCCAGUCCUUACUCAACAAGCUGAUCAGAAGCAACCUUGUCGAUAACACCAACCAGGUGGAAGUCCUGCAGCGGGAUCCCAACUCCCCGCUGUACUCAGUGAAGUCCUUCGAGGAGCUUCGACUGAAACCACAGCUUCUCCAGGGAGUCUACGCCAUGGGCUUCAACCGUCCAUCCAAGAUACAAGAGAAUGCGUUGCCUUUGAUGCUUGCUGAGCCCCCACAGAACUUAAUUGCCCAGUCUCAGUCUGGUACUGGUAAAACAGCUGCCUUUGUGUUGGCCAUGCUCAGCCAAGUAGAACCUGCAAACAGAUACCCCCAGUGUCUGUGCCUUUCCCCAACUUAUGAGCUUGCCCUUCAAACGGGGAAAGUGAUUGAGCAGAUGGGCAAAUUUUACCCUGAACUGAAGCUAGCUUAUGCUGUUCGUGGCAAUAAAUUGGAAAGAGGUCAGAAGAUCAGUGAGCACAUUGUCAUUGGCACCCCUGGGACCGUUCUGGACUGGUGCUCCAAGCUCAAGUUCAUUGACCCCAAGAAGAUCAAGGUGUUUGUUCUGGAUGAGGCAGACGUGAUGAUAGCUACUCAGGGCCACCAAGACCAGAGCAUCCGCAUCCAGAGGAUGCUGCCCAGAAACUGCCAGAUGCUGCUUUUCUCUGCCACCUUCGAAGACUCUGUCUGGAAGUUUGCCCAGAAAGUGGUCCCAGACCCAAAUAUCAUCAAACUGAAGCGUGAGGAGGAGACACUGGACACCAUCAAGCAGUAUUAUGUCCUGUGCAAUAACAGAGACGAGAAGUUCCAGGCCUUGUGUAACCUGUACGGAGCCAUCACCAUUGCUCAAGCCAUGAUCUUCUGCCAUACCCGCAAAACAGCGAGUUGGCUGGCAGCAGAGCUCUCAAAAGAAGGCCACCAGGUGGCUCUGCUGAGUGGCGAAAUGGUGGUGGAACAGAGGGCUGCAGUGAUUGAGCGCUUCCGAGAGGGCAAAGAGAAGGUUCUGGUCACCACCAACGUGUGUGCCCGCGGAAUCGAUGUCGAACAGGUGUCCGUCGUCAUCAACUUUGACCUGCCCGUGGACAAGGACGGGAACCCGGACAACGAGACCUACCUGCACCGGAUCGGGCGCACCGGCCGCUUUGGCAAGAGGGGCCUGGCGGUGAACAUGGUGGACAGCAAGCACAGCAUGAACAUCCUCAACAGGAUCCAGGAGCAUUUCAACAAGAAAAUAGAAAGACUGGACACGGAUGAUUUGGACGAGAUUGAGAAAAUAGCCAACUGAGGAGCUCCAGCUGUCACUGGUGCCCGCACUUGGCGCUCCCCCUGCACGGGACACUAGUGCUCAUGGCCGAGCCUGGGCAGUCACCACAGAGAUGAAGGAGGCACGGAUAGCGAGAAACUACCUACCUCAUUUAAAUUACGUUUGGACUUGGCAAAAAUUGUGCAAAUCAUGGGGGAAGGUAGACAGAAUUGUUUACACAACUUGUGAAGAUUAGGCGUGAAUACACAGAAAUUUACCUUUUGGAAAUUCCAUCUUUUUUUUUUUUAAACCAGUGGCUUUCCCAAUAUAAUGCUAAUCUAGAUGUAGCUAAUCACUUGCUCAGGAGCCUUUGUGGCAGCCCCUGCCUGUUCUCUGCUUAGGACUGUUCUGGCCAGCCUCCGGUCCUUGUAGAAGUGACAGAAUAAAGGUGAAGAGGGAACAGAGAAAGAGAGAAAGACCCCAAGUGGAGUAGGUGCGUAAGCCAGUCAUCACAUUUGGAAUAUGGUGUGAGGCAGCAGAAGAGACCUGUGAGCUGCUGCUUUUGAUUGGGGUUGGGAAAGCUCAUAUGAAUGUUGUCAGCCCCCUCUGUCCUGAUGCCCAGGGCAGGAAGAGUCUGCUAAGCAUGGACCAAGGUGCCAACUUGGGAUCUUUGGUGUAUGCAAGUCUGUGCUGCAAACCAUAACGUACUCUUUUCAGCAGGUGCAAUCUGUGUAGAAUGCACACCUGAUACCUGUUGGGUCCCUUGCUUCUUUCUGCUUGAGCAAAUCCGAGAAGUCACCAUGGAGAAUUAGUGGUUUUCCUAUCUUGCCAAAAAACCUGAUCUGGUGGGCACUCGCAUCUUUUUUACACCCCUAAUAUCACCUUGACCCCUUAGUAGCCCCAAGCAAAUAAAAGGUGAUCUGAGGUUUGGAUCCUUUUUGAAAAUUGUGGUUUCAAGUUGCUAAGGAUCAGUCUCAAGACAGCUCCAGAAGUGAUCAGCAGUAGUCACAAAUCCUUGCUUUAUUUCCAGAUCCUAGAAGGCAAGUUUUUAAUCAGCUGGAGAAUGAUUUCAGAAAUGUGGCCAUCUUGAUUAUAAAGCUAUUCUGAACAUCUGCAUUCACAGUGCCUGGAAUACAAACAGUUGCAACUAAGGGACAAGGUGGACUACAGCUAUUCCUCUUUCCAAGGCAAGAGCAGCUGCCAAGGCCUUCGCUCCAUCCUUACUUGGCAUCUUUGUACAAAAUAGAGCAAAUAAUAGUAAUGGACUUUUCUCAUACCUGGCAGAGCUUUGGUACCCAGAGAGUGACAGAGCAAAGGUGAGAUAAAACCGAGUUGCAAGAGCAAGACGAAACCCCAGCCCAAAGGAAUCUUCUUCAGCUCUUUGAUAGGGAAGGGCCAGCUUAUCUAUGACCAGGCCUGGAAGAGAGAUUUUCUGUGAUGAGAACUACUCUAAUCCCAGACUUUGUAGGCACAUCUGUUUUUUAGAGCUAAUUUGUCUCCUGGGAAGGGGAGGGGCUAAUGUCAGUCUCCAGUGGUUUCCAUAAUCUGACCUCACAGAUUACCAAUCCUGCCACAUCCCCCUGUAGGCACUUGACUGUUGUGUCUUGCUUGUACAUCUGGCCAACUCUGACCCACCUUGGAAGUCUCUUAAGAAGAGAAGAAAUGUUAUACCUCCACCUGCCCUCUACAAAGUCCUGUGGACCAGCUCUGAAAUAACUUAAAACAAAGGCAAUAAUUAAAGGAGUACAGACUGCUCCUGAAACUGCAGGCCGGGUACAUCGCUGCCCUCUCAUAUAUAUAUAACCUGUCUGAGUGGCUCUAAAUCUGAGCAGGGAAGCGGGAAGGGGUGUGCUUCAGACUCUUCAAUAGUAGGAAUAAAUGGGUGUCUGCUAGAAAUCUAGAUCAACAGUUCUUUACAUGGGAGCUUGGGCCCCGAAGAAUUCAGUGGUCGGGUUUCAUGGAGUAUAUGGGAAGUACAUGCGGUGUUUUGAUUUUAAAUGCAUUUUCUUUGGGAGAAACUCCCCCAAACUAUGUGUCUUUUAAAAAAAUAAGAGUCACUGUAUGGAUGGCUCUGAAAUGUCCUCCCAUUGUCAUUGCAGUUCACAUUCCUUCACAGUCCAUACCUAUUCCUGCCAAUGCUCAGCUUCUACGGUGUAAUGGUCCACAGCUGCCUUUGUGACCUUGUGCCAUUUUGAGAUAUGAGUGAUGUAAAAAUGUACUGAGCCCUUGAAGAGCUUCAGUCCCUAAAGUUUCUUUUACUGUUUUUAUUAAGUUCCUACGUAUAGGACAAUAAACUGUGCCCUAGAACAGAGAAACUCGCUUGAGAGAAGGAGAUUUUAGCCCAGAAGAAAAUUUUCAAUAUGUUCAUUACCCAUAAACAAUGGAUUUUA